UUUCAGUUUGUUUGUAAAUCUCGUAAAGGUUGGACGUGGUCUCGCGUGUCUUACAAACACAACCCAACCUAUAGUUUUUUUUUCUUCUGUGUAAUGCUGAAAGGAAAAGAAAGAAAUACUACAAUUCUUGAAUGAUAUUCUCGUUUCAAUCAAAUUGGGAGAAAAGUUUUUUUUUGUGUAUAUUUCGGUUAAUUUUGCCAAACAUUCAUUAUCAUAAAAUAUGGAAUUGUGAAUAGACUUUCAUUCGAUUGUGCUGUUUAAGAGAGAUAACUUUAUUAAAUGAAAAUAGAUAAUUUUUUGAUAUCAUAUUGUAUAACCCAUUGGUGCACACGUAGUUAUGUAGCUGCGUUAUGUAUCCGUUUAUAUAGCCAACAUUAUAUUUUUCAUAUAUUUCGGUUAUUCCUUUGAUGUUUAACUUUUUUUUUUCUUUUGGUUAAAAGUUUGUGAGGAAAUCGUCGUAUAUUUUUCUUGAAAAAUUUAUUUGGGCUUCUUCAAAGGUUUUUUGGCCGCAAAAAAUAAUUAAUGAGAUGCUUUGAAGUGUGUAUUUUUAAUGUUCUUAAUGUGUUCAUUGCAGUGUCUAAUCAAAAUCUAAUAAUCUUAAUGUUAAAGAACGUUUGAGCUGUUAGACGAAGUUAUCAAAAGAAAUUUUUAUAAACAUAUGGCACUUAAAAUAAAUUUAGUGUAUCGAAUCGUGCUCAUAAGAUAGUUGAACGGAAAUUAUCAACAACAACAAAAAUUUAUUGUGUUAGACAAAACAUAUCGCUAUUGUGGUUGGAAAUAGUUAAAAGAACAUUGUAAAUGUGGCCAUUAAAAAGAAUCUUAUAAUUACAAAGAAGACAACGAAAAGACAAAACUCGUAUAAGAACUUUAUCUAGGAACUACGCACGAUUUUGUUUUUUUGUUUAUACACGUUAUACCCAUAUAUAUAAAAAUUCAACACCAUUUAUCUGAGUAAAUGAAACCAGUGGGUGAUCUAUAACAUGGCGGGAAAUAUCGUAAAAUGGUGGAAGCAUAAGAUUUUAGGAGGAUACAAACAGUUUUCAGUUUUACAAGAGUGCGCAACAGAUUCCGAAGAACUCAUUUAUCCAUUACGAGCACCGUCAACAUGCAGUGCACCGCCAGAUUUAUUAAUGACCAGUGACCGAGAACCAAUCGGAAUGAGAAGUCCACAAAGUACGCCGAAAAAUGUUAAAAUUACAACUAAGACAAAAUUGUUGGACGAAACGCCAACGGAGAAAAUAUGUUUAGAGGAAUUUACAUGUGAUGUGUCUGUGGAAGGAGGAAAAUCAUCUCAACCGUUGCAGUUUUCUUUCACAUUUUAUGAUUUGGAUGGUCACCAUCAUGGCAAGAUCACGAAAGACGACAUUGCUGGUCUGGUGUACACGAUUUAUGAAUCCAUUGGAAAAUCAGUGGUUGUUCCCCAUUGUGGCAGUAAAACGAUAAAUGUACGAUUAACGGUGUCACCCGAUGCUAAAUCGAGAACCAAAAAAUCAGCAGCAAUUGCGUCAAGGAAGCAACGGUACAAACCGCGUAAACUAAUACAGUCUGAUGAUGAAGACUGCAGUGAAAAUCAUUCGCUGGAUAAAAAUAAACGAAAAAAUGAUCCGAAAACUGUAUCAUCAACUACAACAGCCACUACUACGAUACCAGCGGCUGCAUUAGAAGGAAAGUGUAAUCUAUACAUAAGCGAAAGCCCUACUGGUAGCAUACGAUCUUCCAAAGAGAUCUCACCCUGUUCAGCUGAAGAAUCUGUAAAGAAAGGAAUUGAAUGUCCAAAUAACACACCGAAAAUGUCGAUCAAUAAGAGUGGCAUAACGCAGGAUAGCGUCUACGAAACCAUUAACAAUUUAAAAUGUUGUGCAAAACCGAAUCUUCGGAUCGAUGAAGAUAUUAUCGAAGUAAACGGAUGUAGAGAAUGUUCAAUGCAAUGUCCACUCAUUGAUGUGUCAGUGCCAUGCAAACCCAUCAGUACGAGAAAGGUGUUGCGGAAAUCCCGAGCUCGGAAGCAGAAAGCUCAAGAGACUUGUCAUGCACGCGUGAGGAGUUUAUCAGUCGGUAACGAAAACAGUUUUCGGAAUGACAUGAACAAUGGCAAUCCGGUUGAAGGUGCUGAGGAAUGCUUGAAUAAUCUGCGACGAAACGACCUGAUUGACAUCAUCCGGGAAAGUAUGGAGAAAAACCGACUGUGUUUUCAAUCUACUGGAAAAACCACCGAGAGUCCCACCAGACAUCGUCAUCGGUCGCACACAAUAUCGAAAUUUGCUGUUGAUCAUCCGCAUCCCAUUACAGACUCGAAAAGUCCAUCGAACAAUCAUUCGAAAGCAAAUCGUUGCGGCUACGAUUCAUUUCUUCAUGCUACCAUGUGUUCGAAUAAUGUUGCUACAUCGAUACAGCCUGCGCUAGUGGUCAAUAGUCCGAAAAUAUUACAAAACCACAACAAUCGAGUGCAACGUGCGAAGCACAAGUCGAAUGAAAUUCAUCUGACAGCAUCACCACAACUCCAAGGCUACACCAAAUUGAAUUCCAUGCACGCUAAACUGAACAUGUCAAUGCUAAACCAACUGAAUCCUCAUCUAACGCCCGAGCAGAAAUUUUCCCGCACCAUAAAUCAUGUGGAAAAUUGGCUGAACGAACGCGAUCAAUUGUUGACGAAGACCAACGAUCUGAAAAUUCUAAAAUUCAACGAAGACAACAAGAACAAAAUGAAAGACAUCGUCAAGGACGAGAAGAACAUCGACAAUUUGAUCAACACGAAAAUCUUUGUGGACAAAUUGAAAAUGACCGAAAAAUGUACGGAAAAAUUCACCGAAACGCCGAAAAAGACGUUCAACAAGGAAGCGCUCCUGUCACGGAAAGCGGCCAAGGCAACGCGCAACUCGACCAAAAACCAAAAUCUCACGGACAACAUGAAGCAGAAAGGGCCAGUGAUGGAGUACGCAUCGAUACCGAUCACCGUCGAUCCGAGUGAGUGUGAGAAUUUGCUGCGCGCCAGUUCCGAUGAAAGUAGCCAAACGACGGCCACGUCGAAUCAGCAACCGGGUACGCCGACGAAUAGCAAUACACACAUUCACAUCCAUCAUCAUUUCCAUCAUUUUGAGAAUGGUAGCGAUGUUUGAUUGGACGCGGGGUGUACAGAUGGCGGUGGUGGGAGGAAAAGCGGAAUCGUUAUUAAAAUUGUUUUAAUUUAAUUUCCUUUUUCUUUCUUUGUUUUUAUUAAUUAAUUUAUAGAUUUUUUUUUUGUUCUUUUGUAUAUGUUUGCAGAGAAGGAUUUUUUUUUUGAAAAAAAGAAUUUUUGAUUUGACUAUUUGUCGUUAUAAGUUAUCAUUAUAAGUAGAUAAAUUAUGAAAUGGUUAAAGAAAAUGUCAUAUGAAAAUAAUAUUUGUCUUCAGUUCCUACUCAUCUCAACGUAAUUUAAACAAAAGUAAAUUAAUAAUGACACUGUGUAUCAACUUUUACUCCGUUUAAAAAUAUGAAAAUGUAAAAAUCCCACGCAAAAUUUAUAUUAAUCAAAUCAAUUGAAUCGAUUUAUACAAUGAAAACAACUAGGAAAAUUUAACUGUUCCAAAUAGCUAAAACAACCCGAAACGAAUUAUAUUCGCAAAAAAUACAAAGGCUUAAUAUUUAAAUCCAAAAAAUAAUCGAAUGUUGGCAUUUUUAGCUCGCAGAUAAAAUAUACUCUGAUUAAAUUGAAUGUGUAAAUGUUGAAAAAACAAAACGUUUUGACUAAAUAUCACAAAGUUUUAUAUCGAUUCGGUGAGCUUAAAUUCAUGAAAACAAUUGUAAACGCAGGAUUUUAUUUAAAUUUAAACAAAAAUAUAUACUCAGAAUUGUAUACAGAUGCAAAUAAAAAGACUGAUUUCCUAAUCGAAAAA